GCGUAACAUAUAUAACGGAGUCGGCGUCAAUAGCGAGUCAUUCCCGCCGCCGCCGUCGCCGCCAUGUCGCCACUCGCCUGCUCGCUGCUCGCAUUCAUCGCGCUGUUCGUCGCCGACGCCGAGUCAAUAGCGAACCCUUUUUGCGAUAAAUUGGAAUUGGGCAAAGUAGAAGGUGACAGUGUUGAUUUUACGCUGACUGUUGCUGGUGGCUACAUCACCGUUCCUGAUAAAACUACUAGACCAGGAAGAAAGCUAGUGGGCGAAUAUUUCAGCGUGUGUAAUACGCCCUACUCGAAGCCUACACUAACUCCAGCACCUAAGUCACAUGAUAUCACACCAAACUUCGCUAUGUUACAUAUCGACUGUCCUAGCAACAUCCCCGGCUGUAAUGAACUUGAGCUUCAUGUGUCACAGUAUUGGGAAAUGGUCACUGCACCUCAUUAAGUAUUUGGGAGACAGUCAAAAUUAUUGUGAUGAGAAUUGGAUUCUUGUCUCUGAUUAAAAAUGUAAACAUUACAUAA